CUAUUUCUUCUUAUACUUGUUUAAUUUUGCUUCGAAGAUGGUAUGCUACGGGGUCACUAUGAUAUUGGUGGGGACCCUGGGGGCCCUCAUGGCGGAUGCGUUCCCUCGGGUCACCCCGAAGAAGAGCUGCAGCCUCUCCAAGUACCAGUUCCCUGCACCUUCGGAGUUGAAGGCAGUGCAGAGGAUGAAGGAGCAGUUUGUGAGUAUCUAGGGCAAUGAGCCCUGGGCUGGGGGGCAUCGGCUGGAGGGGAGUGAGGCAGAGAGGCAGCUGAAUUUCAGGCCCUGAGCAGCAAAAUGGAUGUUUUCGGGGUGUUUCUGUGUGGGGACAAGCUGGAUGUGUUGCAGGCAGUUUGGGGACAGCAGUCCCUAGCACAGUGAGCAGCAGCACUUACCCGCCCUUGGAUGAUGCUUGCAUCCUGCCCAUACCGAUAGGGUAUGGCUAUGAUGAAUUUUGUGCUGGUUUCACAUUUCUGCGGGGGGGAAGCGGGUUGUGCAACAAAGCCCAAAAUCCAAGAGCAGCUUUUCAAUCUGUCCCCAUUCUCUCAUGUUUCACCUCCAGGAAGACAUCAUGCUAUUAACAAACCGAAAAUGCAACACCAGACUCUUCCAUCGGAAGUGGAACACGGCUGAGCUGUCGGUACCUGACCGGAUCGCCCUGGUGAAGGCUGAGCUGGACCUCACCAUCACCAUGCUCACAAACCCCACAACGCAGAGGAUGGCUGAGACGUGCCAACAGCCCCUGGCCUUCCUUACCCAAGUCCGGCAGGACCUGCGAGACUGCUUGGCCCUCGAAGCGCCUUCACAUCAGCCCUCUGGGAAACUGAGGCACUGGCUGCAGAAGCUGGAGACAGCCAAGAAGAAGGAGACCGCCGGCUGCCUGGAGGCCUCGGCCAUCCUGCACAUCUUCCAAAUCCUGAACGACCUGCGGUGCGCAGCCCAGCGCGAGGAUUGCACUUAGCCCCAGCGCCCCGCAUCUGCCCAGGAGCACCGGCUGCUCUCACGCUGCUUCAUGGAACUGCUUGGCUGUAUUUUCCUAUUUGUCUCAUUGAUGUGAGCUUAGGGAGCAAUUUUGUAACAGUCUCUUAAUUUAUUGUGGGUUUUGUGGGGGUUUUUUGUACCACGUAUUUAUAAAUAUUUAAGGAAGAUGUAAAGAAAUGCGCUUCUUGAAAGCUACUGCUCAGUGAGGAUGAGCAUCUUUGUAUCUUUGUUUUGUUGGUUUUCAAAACACAGUAUUUAAGAGAUCUAUUUUCUGUACUCGCUAUUUAUUACACACCGUGUUACAUAUAUUUACUUGUAUAGAUAAUUUAUUUUUACAUGAAAAAAGAAAUAAAUGCGUUAAACUGACAAGCUGCCGUCAUGUUUGCACAAUGUCU